AUGGAGAAAGCUGAAGAAAUUGAGACCAACGUGACCCAGACGGUCACUUCCUUCGAGGAGCUGAACCUGGCUGAGGACCUGCUUCGGGGCAUCUACGGUUACGGCUUCGAAAAGCCGUCGAUCAUCCAACAGAGGGCAUUCCUGCCCAUCAUGAAGGGCCGGGACACCAUCGCCCAGGCACAGUCCGGGACGGGCAAGACUGCCACCUUCUCGAUCGGGAUGCUGUCCCUGAUCGACCCCAAGUCGCCCGAGUGCCAGGCGCUGAUCCUGGCACCUACCAGGGAACUUGCCAAACAGAUCCAGAAGGUGAUCAUGUGCCUGGGAGAGUUCAUGGGCAUUGUGUGCUACAGCUGCACAGGCGGCACCGACAUCCAGGCCGAGAAGAGGAAGCUGCGGGAGGGGCGGCAUCAGAUCAUCGUGGGCUGUCCCGGCCGGGUGCUCGACAUGGUCGAGAAGAAGAUUCUCAAGAUGGAUGAGGCCGACGAGAUGCUCUCCAGAGGAUUCAAGGAGUCGAUCGCCGAGAUCCUGAAGAACCUGCCGGAGGACGUGCAGAUCGCCCUGUUUUCGGCCACCCUGCCGCCCGACAUCAACGAGCUGACCAAGACCUUCCUGCGGGACCCCGCCAAGAUCCUGCUGUCCAACCAGGAGCUGACUCUGGACGGGAUAAAACAGUUCUACAUCGGGAUCAGCAAGGACGAGUGGAAGUUCAACACCCUGGUGGAACUGUACUGCAACGUCGACAUCGGGCAGUGCAUCAUCUACUGCAACUCCCGGAAGAGGGUCGACGAGGUUACCGAAAAGCUCAAGGAGAAGAAGUUCACCAUCAGCUCCAUGCACGGUGAGAUGAAGCAGGAGGAGCGCGACCUCAUCAUGCGGGAGUUCAAGUCCGGGUCCUCCCGAGUCCUGGUCACCACCGACUUGAUGGCCCGCGGGAUCGACGUGCAGCAGGUCAACCUGACCAUCAACUACGACCUGCCCACCCGCAAGGAGACCUACAUCCACCGGAUCGGGCGGGCGGGGCGUUUCGGGCGGAAAGGCGCGGCCAUCAACUUCGUGCUGCCCGAGGACGCGGCCGCUCUCAAGGACCUGGAGGCCUUCUACUCUACCCAGAUCAACCAGAUGCCCCUCGACCCCGACCAGAUCUUCUCAUGA